AUGUCUCUCUCCUAUUCUCUGCUGGCCUGUACUAUUGCACUGAUCUCAUCGCGGAAUCGAGGCCUACCUGGCCCAAGAGCUCUCCCGCUGAUAGGUAAUAUACACCAGCUCCCUACAGAGUACCUUGAGCGGACACUGGCUCAAUGGACUGAACAUAUGUCCUUCAACCAAGUGUCAUUUCUUGCAGGUGACCCCAUAUUCGCGACAUUCUUCCGGACUCCGACGCUGAUCAUCAACACUCACCGGGUUGCACGAGAAUUUCGCCCCCGGACCGUCUUGAUGUCGGAAAUCAUGCAGUGGUACACCACUGUGCUUCUACCAUACGACAGUGAGCCGCGGCGCAAGCAACGACGAUGGAUCCAGCGCGAAUUCGGUGACAAGGAUGCGAUACAGCUGCAUGAACCUAUUCGCCGUAGAGAGACGUAUAGGCUGCUUCUGUCAUUGAUGCGCGAGCCUAAAGACUUCAUCGCUCACGUCAAGCGUUUCGUUGCAUCCAUACUGACCGAAAUCACUUAUGGUCAUGUGAUCACUUCGCUGGACGACUCAUGGUUCCUGUUGAUGGACAAAGCGGUUCAAGGCACGUCGGAGAGUGGUUCGGCGGCGGCGGUGCUAGUGGACUUCUUUCCCAUGCUAAAAUUCAUCCCUGUCUGGAUGCCCGGCGCAGGCUUCAAGCGGCACGCCUUGAAGGUGAAACAAGACGUACAACACGCCACGCAUAUGACUUACUACGCAGUUAAAGAGGCCGUUGCAGCGGGUACAGCGAAGCCGUCAUUCGUGGCAACGCUCAUAACGGAUGCGCAACAGAACGGCACUUUAAUCCAGGACGAGCGAGAUAUUAUGGCGGCAGCCGGUACUAUCUAUGCAGCCGGGAUGGACACGACGAGGAUAGUGUUGAUCACAUUCAUAUUGGCGAUGGUCAUCCAUCCCGACGUCCUUCGGAAGGCACAGGACGAGGUGGAUCGUGUAGUCGGAACAGAUCGACUUCCAGCAUUGGAAGAUAGAGAUACACUCCCUUACAUUGAAUGUAUCCCGCAUUGUCUGACAGAAGAUGACGACUAUCAUGGACACACUAUUCCGAAAGGGUCGACCGUCUUGACAAACAUCUGGGCAAUGACUCAUGACGAAGAAGUCUACCCUGACGCAUCUGCUUUUCGGCCUGAGCGUUUCCUUGGCAUGGACGCGGAGGCGAUGGACAGCACUGAUCCUCGUGCGGCCGUCUUCGGCUUCGGUAGACGGAGCUGUCCAGGCAAAUACUACGCAGACGCGAACAUUUUCAUGGCAAUCGCUAGCAUAGUGGCGACGCUGAAUAUCAGUAAAACUCGUAACGACAAGGGCGAAGAGAUAACCCCCUCAACGCAGUUUGGAUCUGGACAAACCCGUCAUCCUCCCGAAUUCACGUGCACUAUCGCCCCUCGAUCCCAACAGAUGAUGGACCUUGUGCCUGAAUUGCUUGGGAACCUGAUGGAAUGA